GAAAGCAAGAAAAUGGAGCAAAUUCUCAGCAUGAAUGGAGGGAGUGGAGAGCAAAGCUAUGCCAAUAACUCGAUAGGACAGAGUACUUGUCUUUCCCGGUCGAUGCCGCUGAUUAAGCAAGCAGUGUUAGAUUUCUGCUGCACCAAGUUGCCAGAAACCGUCACCAUCGCAGACCUUGGAUGUUCGUCAGGACCAAACACUUUCUAUGCAGUAUCCGAGAUCACAGGCAUCAUCUACGAAAGGUGCUGUCAACUUGGUCGAUCAGCACCAGAAUUUCGUGUGUUUUUGAAUGACCUUCCUGGAAAUGAUUUCAACACUGUUUUCCAGUCUUUGUCAGCAUUUCAGGAGAAACUAAGGGAAGAGAAUGGACCUGGGUUUGGGCCAUUGUACGUUGCGGGUGUCCCUGGCUCUUUCUACGGAAGGCUUUUCCCAUUAAAAACUUUGCAUUUCGUACACUCUUCUUCUAGCCUUCAUUGGCUUUCUCAGGUGCCCCCGGAAUUGACUGAUAAAGCAAAUCCACUAAUAAACAAAUGGAAGAUUUUCAUCUCAAAGACAAGUCAACCUGCCGUGAUAAGUUCCUACUUGACUCAGUUUCGGAAGGAUUUCUCUUUGUUUCUCAAGUUACGCUCAGAAGAAGUACCUCCAGAAGGCCGCAUGGUUUUGACAUUCAGGGGCAGAACAACAGCAGAUCCAACCUCAGAUGAAAGCUGUUUACUCUGGGACUACCUAGGUCAGGCAUUUCAGGAUUUGGUCGCAGAGGGCCUUGUCGAAGAGGAAAGGUUAGAUACCUACAACACCCCAUAUUACGAGCCUCACCCAGAAGAGAUUCAAGCUGAGAUAGAGAAAGAAGGAUCUUUCACCCUCGACCGUCUUGAGGUCGUAGCAUUACCAUGGGAUUCUGUCAAUGGAGGAAUCAAAGAUGACAGAGCGAUGACAGCUAAACGAAUGGCGAAGGCCAUCAGGGCAGUCAAUCAGUCAAUGUUUCGGAGUCAUUUCGGGCCAGAUAUCCUGGACCCUUUAUUCCAUAGGUUUAUUGAAAUCAUGGCAGCAGAUACCAAGGAAGUGGAGCAUGUCAGCUUGGUUAUUUCUUUAAUCAAGAAAGCUUGA